GGUUGACCUUCGCUUCGAAAUUGACAGGAAUCGGUCCACUCCUCAAAGCUUGGACGAUUUAAGUGGUGCGUGUGUACACUCACUCAUCCAGUCCCCUCCAAGAAAUGGCAACCUCAAUUCAACUCCCAUCAGACGUAGUCCCCUUCAACAUCUUCGCCCUAACAUCAAUGCCUACAAACGAUAAAUACCGUGGUGCUGUUGUCGAGGACCUGCAACUCCCCCCUGCAUUCUGUUUACCCUCCACCGAAACUGUAUCUCGUGCAAUGGAGUCAGCAUAUGAUCGUGACUUCUCCCAUAUUCCCGUCCUAACCCGCGAUCGUCGUCCUCUCGGGUACGUAGAUGUCGCUUCUCUGAAAGAAAAGUGGGAAGCAGGCACUGCAUCACCAAACGAUUCCAUCAGUAAAUACAUGACCAAGUUCAAUCGUAGCGCGUCUCAGCAUUACACCCUCAUAAAUCCCUUGACGCCCCUUGCGGAACUGGCAGAGUUUUUGCAGGACAAUAUCUUCGCCCUAGUUACGGACCAAGGAAGGAAUUUUGUGCUUGCUGUGGCGACAUCGCAGGAUCUGGACAAUUUUGUGACGCGUAGGGGCCGUUGAUCUCAUGACUGAUAGAUCAUUUAUCUCCUUGAGCACUUAUUCUCAGCCAUGUGGUUUUAUAUCUAUAUCAAGUAGAAUAUGUUUCAAUAUCAUGCGGUGGGCGCCUGAUCGUUCAUCGGCGUACUGUAUAUCGGUUGCAAAGUUGAGAGGGGUUUUUGUUUCGUCACAGGAACGACAUGAAUCCUGCGAAGGCUUACGGUGCGAUAUUAUCUCUUAGCUUGCUAUGUAUCAGCGCUUCAGCUUCCAAGCACUCAUCAUUGACAUGAAUG